GCGAAAUUAAUUGUUUAAGCGAUUUGCUGAGCAGAGGGCAUUUAUAAUUAAUGAGGUCAUCCAGAGAUUUCCUGCAGAUACCCUUUUGUCAUGAGGCUCAGAUCUUUUAAUAUCAAUGUUUGUUAAGAUGUUGAGAUUUUUUUAUGGUUUUCGUUUCGUUUCGUUUCGUAGCGCAUUUUGCUCAAAAAUCCGUUUUUCUUCCGCGCCAUGGAAGGCCAGUGGGGCUUCGUUUCCGCGCUGUUCAGAAGCGAAAAUAUUUAAUUUGGCGUAAUCACAAACCGGUGGCUUCUUCCAGACGAAAUCUGGAAACUUCUCGUGAUUGCUUGCGAUGAUUAGUUUUUGUAAAUUUGGUAUGAGAAAAAGGUGUACGGGGAAAUUUUGUGGCUUAAACAAUGGAGGGGCUAUUGCAUUGUAGAGUAGCAUUUAGUAGCUGUUGCUUUGAGUGCAGAAGUGGAGGAAACUAGGUGAAUAGUUAUUAUCGAGGAGAACUGUUGAUGUAAUGGCCGAUGAUAUAGCUGGAGUUGGAUGCCUUUUAGCUGGUACGAGGGUUUCCUGAUGGCCGAUAAGAGCCAAAAGAAGCGUUUCUUGGAUCUAAACAAGUCCGCUCGGCGUGCUUGUACUCUGGGGAAUGAGCAAGCAUAAUACAAUGAGGCUGGGCGACGAACUUUCAGGCUUCAAUUCAUUGAAUUUGCGCGAUUUGAUGAAAGAGCAGGAUCAAGAUGAAAUCAAAGAAGUCCAUGAUGAAGAUGUUUCGCAGCGGCAAAGGCAGACCAUCGGGUCAAUUUUGGGCGGUCUGGUAAGCGCAAAAGAAGAAGAAGAAAAAACCGAGGCUAGGACAACACUCUGGGAGGUAAUCCAGUCAGAGCAGUCGGAAAAACCAAAGGAAUUUUCUUCCGGCGGCAUUUUGAAAAACGUGAUGCGUUUGGUCGCCCGAAGGAAGGACGAAAUAAAAGAACUCGAAGAGUUCGAAGACGAAGAGGAAACGCUCAGACUGCUGCAAAGCUGGGGCAAUAAUAGGUCGCCACGAUCGCCCACCAUUGUUGACUCCGCCCGCGCGGUGAUCGAUUCAGACAGGCUUCUUCAAGAGGAGGAAGGAGGAGAGAGUCUUGAAGGCGCGGUAAGGGUUUUUCUGGUCGGAGGUUCGAGUCACGGCACAGACAGACAAAUGAUGGAUCGGCCGCGAUGGAGAGCUCUGAGGCACAAACUCAGACUGCGAAAAUUUGCGUGCUGCGGCAGCUCGUGGAGUGCCGCGCGAUCGAAUCUCAGCGCCGCGACGCCCGUUGUCUUGCCCCAGCGCGACGACGACGACGAAAACAGCUGGAGCGGCAGUGGUCACAGGAUCGAUCCCAAUCGCAAUCAAAACAGCAAUAACAGUAACAUCAACUCUAGUGUUGAUGGUGGUGAUGAUGAUGCUGAGACAUGCGUCAUGGCUGAGCCAGAAGCCGCCGUAAUAGGCGAAAGCCCUACGGCAUUCGGCACCAGGGUUAACCUAAUUGCCUCUUCCUAUCAUCCAGACACAGAAAGUGCUGAAACCUCUUCAUCUAUAGGCGCCAGAUUUAAUUUCGGUUCUUUGUAUAGAGGUGGGCAAACAGAGAGCAUUGAAACCCAAAUAUCUGUCCGCAACACAUUUAGCUUGAAUUCUCCAUUUCAUUCAGAAACAGGGGUACAGACAGAGACAGUUAAUCAGGUGUCAGUGCAACCCCGUCGAGAGCGCAGGGAACAGCUUAUUACCUUGCUGGAGAGAACACUUGAGCCAGAGGCAGCUGAGCGGCAGGAGACAAGAGGGGGCAUGAAUCUAGCAGCCGCACUGGCCGCUGAGCGGCAGCUGCGGGCUGCACAAGAACAGGAAGCCAUGGUCUCCGCUGGAGUCUCAGGUGUUUCGAACCACCCUCAAAUUCUGACGGAACUCCAGGCGGAUAUGGGGAACAGGGAGGGGUCUAGGUCGCCAUUACGAGUCUCGCUGAUGACUCUUCUAGAAGAGGCAGACGACCGUAAUGGCACCGGGGCCCCAGCCUUGCUUGAAGAAUGGGAUUCCAAGGACGAAGUAGCGGCUGUCAAUGGCGGAGGGGUUGAUGAUUCAUCAUGCUGUGUUUGCAUGGUGCGGCGAAAGGGGGCGGCGUUUAUUCCAUGCGGCCACACUUUCUGCAGACUCUGUACCCGCGAGCUUUGGGUUAGCAGAGGAUCAUGUCCACUGUGUAACAGAUGUAUUGUUGAGAUUCUUGAUAUAUUUUGAAUCCACAUAGGCCGGGUAAAAUUUCUUCACCGCCAGAAAAAUAUCCCCCCCCCGUAAUACUUCAAUUAUUUAGGUUUUGUAUUAAAAUCGACUUCAAAAAUUGUUUUCCUGAAAAAUGCAGUGUGGCAACGAGGCCAUUAAAAAGGUUUUGGCUGGAACAGCAGUUGCUUCAAAAUGUAGAUCAUAUUUGUUUGUGUUUUUACAGGUUUUAAUGACUCGGAAGCCAUUGAUACUGGAACCGGGUUGUGAUAAAUAUUCAUUAUUUUCUGUAAUAAAGAAAUUCUUAUCCUUCGGUUC